GAGGCAGGUGGUGCCGCCCAGGGCGCAGGUGACACUCUCGCGGCCAGGGUUCCUGCUGGAAGGGAAGACCACUGGGAGGGCAAGACGCAGACUCCUCGUGGGCAAGGGGCAAGGCAGCGAUGGCCCUAGAGCUGAGCCAGGAGGCACUACUGGACUUUCUGUGCCAGGCUGGGGGCCGAGUGACCAACGCCGCCCUGCUGAGCCACUUCAAGAGCUUUCUCCGAGACCCCGACGCCUCCCCCAGCCAGCAUCAGCAACGCCGCGAGCUCUUCAAAGGCUUCGUCAACUCGGUCGCCGCAGUGCGCCAGGACCCCGACGGCACCAAGUACGUCGUGCUCAAGAGGAGGUAUAGGGACCUUUUGGGGGAGGAGGGGCUGCAGCGACCCCGCGAGCCGCCUGCUGCCGCUGCCCCUGCAAGGGGAACUGCGCCCAGCUCCCCGCCGAGCGCACGCCGCGGGGAGCCUCAACCACCGCAGUCUCGGCGGCGGCGGCGGCGCGACAAGGAGCCAGAGGAGGAGCCACCAGGUACCGCAGCCCUAGCCGAGGUCGCAGGUUGCAAUGGACUCCUGGCCAGCAGAACCCGGGAAGCGACUAGGGAAGACGGCUGCCAGAGGCUCAGCCCCGGCCGAAGGGCUCCGGUGCCGGUGGCUAAGGCGGCAGCUGCAGCCAGGUGCGCGGCGGCGGAGACGCAGGGCCGCUGCUGCUGGGAAUGUCUCCAGAACAGCCUGGGGGAGCUCCCGGAAGUGCCGCCACUCGGAGCGCUCCCGGACCCUGCCACUGCCAAGGAGAAGCCCGCGCGAGCUCAGCCUGCUCAGGAUGACUGCGGGGCUCCAAGGCAGCUGCCAGAAGGCGCGCGGGGUGAGCCCUCGCGGGUGCCUGCAACGCCCCGCUCGCCUCCCGCCAUCACCGAAGCUGCUGAGUGCAGGGUAUCUCCUGCAGUUCUCCUGCCCCGCCCCACCCCUCCAGGAGACCGACCAGAGCUGUUGACCUCAGGUUCCCUGCACCAUUCCACUCUGCAACUGCAGCAGCAGCGCACUCGAGAAUGGGUAGCCAGACACCCUCAGAUGCCCCAGACCCGGGACCAGGGUCCCAUUCGGGCCUGGUCAGUGCUGCCGGACAACUUUCUCAGGAUACCCUUGGAGCCAAACUUAGAGACUAAAUCACCGCUGUCAGAGCUCCCUCAUUCCUCUCAUUCUCUCUUUCCUGUGGUUCCUGAAGAGUCCCCAGGUUCGUGGCCAGGGAAUCCUCCACAGGCUGUCUUUCGUAGCAUUCGUUGUCAGUUAUCCCUCCAAGAUCUGGAUGACUUUGUGGACCAGGAGAGCCAUGGCAGUGAGGAGAGCAGCAGUGGGCCCAAAGAGUCCCCUGGGGGUUCUGAAGAGGGGUUACAAGUUGCCUUGGGAACCCCAGUUUGGGGAAAGCUCAGGAAUCCAGCUGGGGGCCUAUCUGUACCUCCAAAGAAAGGCAGCCCUCAGAGUCCUCAGGGCCUCAGGAACAGAGGGAACGGUCAUACCUAUCAACAAGUUCCAACAGGGGCUAAAGGCCCCCCACACCACUCCCAGGAGCCUUUGCCUUGGCCAGCUCCCAAGUUAAGGAGGUCUCUCAGAAGGAGCUUUAGGGCAGGGAAGGCCAAACUGUCUUCCUCUGAUGAAGAGUACCUUGAUGAGGACUUGCUGAAAAGGAGUCGUCGCCCACCACGCCCCAGGAAACCUUCCAAGGCAGGAACAAUGCCCAGCCCAAGGGUGGAUGCAGCUUUGACACUGAAACUGGCAGACACUAGGGUCUCCAGUGGGAAUGGGUCUGCUGCCUUGGUACCCCACAGAACUUCUGAGCACAAGUCAUCACUGGUCCCCCUAGAUGCCAGGGAGCAUGAAUGGAUUGUGAAGCUUGCCAGUGGCUCUUGGAUUCAGGUGUUGACACUGUUUUGGGAGGACCCUCAGUUGGCUUUGCACAAAGACUUCUUGACUGGAUACACUGCCUUGCACUGGAUAGCCAAACAUGGCAACCUUCAGGCCCUUCAGGACUUGGUCUCAGGAGCACGGAAGACAGGGAUUGUGCUUGAUGUAAAUGUGAAGUCUAGUUGUGGGUAUACCCCACUACACCUUGCAGCCAUUCAUGGCCACCAGGGAGUCAUCAAACUGCUAGUGCAAAAGUUGUCUUCUCGGGUGAAUGUCCGGGACAGCAGUGGAAAGAAACCAUGGCAAUAUCUGACCAGUAAUACCUCUGGGGAAAUAUGGCAGCUGCUGGGAGCUCCUCGGGGCAAGCCCAUUUUCUCUGUAUAUCCCUUAGUCCAAAGCUCUUCCCCCACUAGGAAGGCCAAGAGCCGGGAAGUAUCUAGAAAUGUCACCCGAAAGACUUCCUUAGCUGCACUACUCAAAAGUCAGCACAACAAAUGGAAACUGGCCAACCAGUAUGAGAAAUUCCCUAUUCCACGGGUAGAAGAGUGUAGUGACUGAGGUGGGCCCCUCUCUCCAACAUGCAGCAACCACACUCUCAUCUUUGAGUACUCAGAGAAUUCAGGGAGAAUAGAAAAGCAGCUGAGGGGUUGGUAAAGAGAGAGGUCAAGUGGAAUGGCCUCCCUGGGUUUCAUGUCAGCACAGUGGACCUUAGGAGCCAUCUCAGCUUUGUGAAGGCUCAUGUUCUUGGGCCAGUGAAGCCUAGCCAAGUGGCAAAGCCAGCACUUACAACUCAGGAGGUAUUCUACCAUUUCCUUUGCCAGUGGAAAUUUUAGGCGCAGUAAGCUACAUUGUUUUCUGAAGCAGCAAUCCUAGGCCUUGGCUAGAAAGGUAACAGAUGUCCAACAAAAAAAGAAGCAAUUCAAAGAAUGCCAAAACUCAGGGGGGGAAACCCUUCUCUGGCUAGUAGCUCUCUGGCAUCUAUUAAUUUGGAGAAUAAAUCUUGGCAGAACAUGGAAAGCACCAGGUUUGAAAUCAGAUGGCUUUCUUUUUCUUGAUAUGUUUUCUUGGCAUUCAAAUCAGUGUAAUAAAAUUAUUACUGGUGAGUACAAUUUGAUUGAAGAGAUUCCUCAGCCUUGAGCCUGAAUCUUCUCAAUUGAACCUGUGAUAGCUAAUGCACAGAGCAAUGAGUGCCUUCCCUCUUUUGGGUUUCUUCACUGAUGAGAGAAGUAGGUGGGUAAGGUCCAACUUCAACCUUGAUUCUACUCCGUAUAGAGUAAUGAAUGUCAGUUAGGCCCUGCUUUUUGUAUCAACCCAAAGGGAACUUUCCAAAUGUAUAAAGCAUGUGGCUCAUUUGCAUAGUGACUGAAACCAUCUUUCAGGGAAACUCCCUGUGCCACAGAAUUAUUAGUAGUAGUUUCAAUAGGUUUGAAUGGCCAACAUUGGUAUUGAUAGAAGAGGGGAAUAAUUUCAUUCUGGGGAAGUCAUAAGGGUUAAGAGAAAAAUUCCUCCCCAGCAGAAAUUCCCUAAGCUGCUAAAUAUAAUUUUAUUUGCACUAAACUUGAUGCCAAUUAGGAUUAAAUAUUAGCUUUGAAGUACUGUAUAACUAACUGGAAAUGUUCCUUUUAAUUGUGUAUAAGGGACUGAUCGUUGUGGAUAUUUGCAAUGAGAAAAUGGCUAGUCUAUGAACUGCAGCACAACAUUGAGAUUUUUGAAUGUAAAUUCAAAGAGGGCUGAAAUGGAAGUGGAAAUUCUUAAUUUUUUUAUGAUGCUGUGUUUUUAAAAUAUUUUUGUUUCUUUGGUUAUUUCCCCCAUUAAAAGGUCAGCAAACCUUUAUAAUUCAUUAUACUAUACUUAUGGCUAAUGUUCUUUAUAAAAUUGUGUCUCAGUGAC